AUAGAUGAGUUGGAGAAGGUGGGGUGAGGGUAGCGGGGAGGCAAUGGAUGAAUAAGAAAGUGGGAAGGAACAAAGGAAACAGUAAGGGAGGGAAGGAAGGGGGAGAGGGCAGAAUAAUAAUUAGGUAGGUAUACGGGAGGUGAAACAGACUGAUAUGAAAUUUUGUUUUUCUUUCUGGUAAUUAAUUUUUCAUGAUCUUGUUUGUCACUGAUGCUCUCUCUCAUAAUAUAAUCCUCUUUUGUAAUAAUGGUCGCUCUUUUUCACUCAUGAGUUUACAAAAGGUGCUUCGUUCAGUGUACAAAGCGAACAGCAGGUGUGAGUAGGAAUAUUAUAAUGUGAGUCAUAUGAAAGUUAUAUAUGCUUGUGAUAUGCAGGGUAUGUGUGCGUAUAUGCGUGUGUAUUUGUGUGUGGAAUGCAAGUAUGUGAGGGUGGUGUGAGGUACGUAACAUUCCUAUCAAGUGUGCUAUGUGCUAAAGUAAUGCACAGCAGUAAUGGCUGUGUAAGGGAAUACAUGCGUGGAAUGUGUGUGUGUAGCGUGUAGCAGCGAAAGCAUUGAAUGUGAGACAGACGAACACUGAGUUGCUUAUCUUCGUUUUGUGUUGGAGAGGAACAUGUCCCCACGUCGUGUGUUUCCUCAGAGGCGCGAGGCAAGGCGAGGUGUGUGUGUGUGUGUGUGUGUGUGUGUGUGGAGCAGUGGCGCCGCCCUCGGUCCUCCCUCUCGAGUCGGGACGAGAGCGAGCGCCAAUUUACGGGCGGGGAGAGAGAGAGAGAGAGAGAGAGAGAGAGAGAGAGAGAGAGAGAGAGAGAGAGAGAGAGAGAGAACCCCUCCCGCCAGUGGCUCCCUCUUAAAGGUGACCAGCUGCGGGAAGUGCCAAGGAAAGGGGGGCGGAGGGAAGGUGGGAAAUUAAUACAGAGAGUAAGCUGUGAGGAUACGUGGAAUGCGGCCUAGGAACCCAGAAAAGUUACCCUCACUUAUUGAAUCAGUAGAUGUGGAGUAGUGUGCUGAAAAGACCAGUAGAAGACAUGAACGAAGGAAUUGCGUUGUGCUGAGGCGAUGGCAACACGAACCAGCAAUGUAGAGCAGCAGUGCGUGAGGAAAGCAGAAGGAAGGGAGGCAAGAAGUAGAGAACUGUUUUAUUGCUGAGGAAAAGAGGAACACUCGUCCGUAAAUAGCCAGGAGAAGACAAGAGUGAACGCUAAACGCCACGUGCCCCAGACAUGCGAGCGUGGAGGAUGGAAAAUUCACGCAUAUAAAAGCUGUACACGAAAGAUACAGUUUAGUGCCUUAGCAAAGUGGAUUGUGUGUGUGUUUGUGUGUGUGUGUGUGUGCGCGUGUGCGUGUGCGUGUGUGUGACCUCUCAGCACCAUUUUUCUUCCCCCUUCUCCCCACCGUCGCAAUCCCGCGUGUUCAGACCACAGAGAACAGUUCAAUAAACUCUGUACUCACGGAGACAUGGUGGCGAGAAAGGAGUUAGGCGGCUGAGGAGUGGAGACUAGACCACCACCACCACCAUCACCACCACCACCACCACCAACACCACCACCACCACCACCACCACCACCACCACCACCACCACCACCACCACGACCACCACCGCCACCAGAUCUGCUUCCUUCACCAUCACUUCACCACCACCACCACCAUGAGCAGGGGCUUCCUUCACUCUCUCAAGAACAUUGCAGGCAAACAUGGCCAGGACACCAGGAUUCGCUUCUCCGUGGCGCCGCUCCCCGGGGACUCUGGCUUCAGGCAGUGGCACGACGCCAUGAUGAUGUGUGCCAGGCUGCCAGGGGGUAUUCCGCAGGAGUUUCGCCGGCGGCUGUGGUUGACGCUGGCCGAGAAGCACCUGCAGGCGAGGGGCGUGAGCUGGCCGCACGCCGAGAGCUUCUGCUUCAACGAGUGGUCCAACCCUGACGAUGACGAGCUGGGCGAUCAGAUUGUUAAGGAUCUGCACCGCACCGGCUGCUCUCUCUUCUGCGGCGAGGAGGCUGAGGACAACCAGGCGAUGCUGAAGCGGGUCCUGCUGGCCUUCGCGCGUUGGAACAAGGGCGUCGGUUACUGCCAAGGAUUCAAUAUGCUUGCCGCUAUCAUUCUGGAGGUGAUGGAACGCCAAGAGUCUGACGCGCUCAAGGUCAUGAUCUACCUCAUCGAGGGUGUUCUGCCAGAGUCCUACUUCGCCAACAACCUGCGCGGUCUCAGCGUCGACAUGGCCGUCUUCCGAGACCUUCUACGCCUCCACCUGCCCCACCUGUCCCGACACCUGGAACACCUGCAACACGACGCCGCCGACCUGACCACAGGAACCAUUUACGAGCCGCCGCUGACCAACGUGUUCACGAUGCAAUGGUUCCUGACCCUGUUCAGUAACUGUCUGCCGCGGGACACUGUGAUGCGGGUGUGGGACCUCACCUUCCUGCAGGGCAAUGAGGUGCUGCUCCGCACGGCACUCGCCAUCUGGGACGGCCUGGCAAGACGUAUCCUGGAGGUACAUUCGGCGGACGAGUUCUACACCGUGAUGGGUUUACUGACUCGAGAGAUGCUGAGCACAGGCCUGAUGGACGCCAACAAGCUGGUGCAGACAGUGGUAGGCAUGGCCCCCUUCCCCUUCCCUGGUCUGGCAGAUCUGCGGGACAAGUACACCUACAACAUCACACCGUGGACGCAGUCGGUGUCGUCUGUGGCCAAGCGGGGACUUCGCCUCUUCUAUUCUGACGACGACGAUGAUGAUAAUGAUGAGGAUAACCAGACCAUUGCUGUUGCCACUGCUUUUGGUCUGUCCGGCAUCUUCAGAAAGACUGCCGAAAUUAACCGUGGCUCAUCACCUGUUGGGGGAGGUGGCCCUGUCAUGUCUCCUGGUGGUUUCCCUGCUGUGUCUACCCCACCCCCCCGCCUAGCCCAUGAAGGAAGGGAGAUCACUCGUCCCAACCUCGACAUCUCUGCUCUCAAGAAACAAUACGCCCGCCUGAGAGAGAGGCAGAAACAGGCUCACAUCAUUCUCACAGCUUCCCAGCAGCGGGUGAGCUCCACCCUAGGCAGCGCAGGAAUGGUUGGCACAGGCAGCAGUGGGCAGCGGGGCACACCACUCACCAUGAACCAUCUACUGCGGGGCAAGAAAGCACUGACCUCCAAAACAAAAAGGGUGGUACCACAAGGUGUUAUCCCUGUCAUGAAGCCCAAGAAGAAAGUAGAACGUAAGCUGAGUGAUUCAAGCAGCAACCGGCCAGCACCUCAGCAGCCCUCAAAGCAGCAUUUGUCAAACCAAGGCAUCCCCCCUCAUGCCCACUACCAGACCUUGAAGUGCCCUCCUGUCUCAGAGGGACCAAAAAAAAUGGAGACCCUACACUGGAAGGACACUCCUAGGAGGGAUCGCCGAGCAUCUCUCCCAUCAGGGGUCAAGCUUCUGGAGAAUUCAAGCCCUCGAGGAGUACUGGACGUAGCAGUAGAAAUGGAUGAUGAUGAAGGUGAUGGUGACAGUGGCAGCAGCACAUCUACUGAAUUAUGUGAUGAUGAUGAAGAGGACAAACUAAGUGACCUUGAUCCUGAUACAACAACUGAUCCUCGCCCUGCCACCACCUCCCCACGUCUUGAGACUGUCAAAGAAGACAGCUGUGUACCCUCAGAGGUUGAGGGCAGUGCUUCAAGGCAAGCAAAGGAAGAUCAAAACCUCAAACCAGUGUCUUACAGCUCCCCAACCUCAGAUAAGCAGGGACCAGAAGUGUGUAGUGACCCAACUUUAGGCACAAACAAUGUAGAAUCACAAACAAAGGACAUCAAUCAAAAUCAACCAAACACCCAGAAACUGAAAAGCAACCAACUCCAUUCUGAAAAUAAACUUUUGUUGAAAUCCACCACAACAGAGACAACCAAAAGUGAUGAUACCCUCCAGGGCUCAUCUGUUAUGAAAACGUCCAAGGACCAAGAGAACGAGACUCCUAUGUGGGAUUUAAAAGCAGGAAUCCCUCUGGAGGAUCUCCUUGCCAGGAAAAACUUAACAGCAGCUGAAAUUAUUGCUAGAAUACCAUUUCCAAGUGAUGUUAGUUUCAUGAAGAAUGCCUCUGAACUAGCUGCUAAAAACAGUAGUGUCUGCCCAAAAACUGAAAGAAGUUGCUCUCCUUCCAGCAGCUUGCACAAUGUUACACCUGAACGCUCACCAGUGGAUAGUCCUCUUUUUAGAAUACCUUCUCCAGAAGUGAUUCAUGAACCUUCUUUGACCACAAAGGCUUCUCCAUGCACCUCGCCUUCCAAGUCACUCACUUUCUCCUCGUCACCAUCACCAAGAGAUUCUCCCGUCAACAAGGCCCCCAAAACACCUACCAGAUCCUCCACAGCAUCACCAACAGAGAAUGAGAAUUUUACAGGUUCUAUAAAGUGGUCACUUACAGGAUUACCUCCUAUUUCCUCCUCUGACAUCAUAAUGGAGGCAUCUCUUAUCCCACCCAAAUCUCCAAAGAUCACAGUUGAAGAUGACAAAAGUAAUGUUUUUGAAAUAUAUGAGGGGUAUUCUGGAACAGUAACUUCUGUGAAAGAGUUUGAUGAAAUUACAGAAGAAAACCUUAAAGUGAUUGAUUUGCCAGAAGAAAAUACAACAAAGACACAUAUUCAUCCCUCACUCUCUAUGGAUCAGUUAAUUACUGUCAGUGAAGGUGAAAGUUGUGUGACUGAGAGUGAUAUCAAUCUUGAAGAAAGAAUUCGUGAAAUUUUUGGGCAGGUUACCAGCCAAGAUGAAGAAAGUGAAAGCAUUAUAAAUUCUAAAGAAACAAUGAACAGAGAUACUGUGACUGAAAACAUUGAUGAGGUUUCCAUUAUUAAAUGCUCAACAAAUGAUAGUAUAGAGUUUCCAGACUUUACUUUAUUAAAUAACUCAAAGCUGGAAGUAAAAAGUGAUGAAGAAUCUGACCCACUAACUCCAGAGGUGUCUGCAUCAGAAUCAGGAUAUUUGUGCCUUAAUAAGAUUGAUGAGCAGUUGACAUGUGUCUCAGAAGUGGGAAAUUUUGAUCAAAAUAAAAUGUGUGAAGAACCUCUUGCAGAAACUAAAGCUGCUGCUGAUUCUCCAUUAGUAAAUGGAAAUGAACUGGUGUCAGAAACAUUAUCUACUACUGAAUCACCAAUAGAAGAAAGAAAUGAAUUAGUUUUAGAAACAUCUAACUCUGAAUCCCCAGUUAAAAGUAUACUAACUACAAUUUCAGGCACUAGUUCUUGGCUUUCUGUUAUGUGUAUGAGUGUUUGUAAAGACGUAAAUUUCUCACCAGCUGCAAGCUGUAGUAAAUCUAUAAUGACAAACACCAUCUGUGAGGAUCAAAAUAGGAUUGUUAGUAUGUCACCUGGUAUGGAAGUGUUACCUGUAUUUUCUUCAGUCUUUAACAUUACAAAUACUACACUCUCACCUGCACAAGUUGAGUCACAUUCCGAACUGUCAGUGCCAAGCAAGAGGGAGUCUCCAGAGCUCACUGUUAGUGAAUCAGAGCUAAUCCUGGAGAAGGAGGGGAGCAGUAUUGAGCCACUAACUCUCAUUGGUCUGAGUACUGUGUCUUGUGUAAGUCCUACAACGCCUAGCAGGUCAUCCCCAAGGCUGCCAUCUCUCUCACCUGUUCACCCUGAGGCAAGAAUAUCAGAAUUCAGCCAUGUGGGUUUUCAGAAUGAACUAUCCGAGUUUAGAAAGCAGCUCAAUACAAGUUUCAAAAUCUCACCUGUGGAAAGAGAUGAUGUAGUGUCUUUACUUAUGGUAGACAAAGAAAAAUAUGGACAGAAUUUCAAAUUUGAUUUGCCAACCUCAUUAUCUAAUGAAGAACCCUCUUCACUAUUUCCAAGUGAAAAUUUUUCAUCAGUCAAACUUUCAGUUGUUGAUUCAGUUUCUUCACCUAAGAAUAAAACAGAUGGUGAAGCUGUAUCUUCCUCCUCACACACAGAUGGGGUAUCCCCAAUAUGUUUUACAGUGGGUACUGUUUCUCCCCUUAAAACAACACCAACCACAGACACGACUGUGACAUUCUCCUUACUGACCAGCCAGGACAUUUGCUGUUCUCUGGCUGGCUCUAAUCUGAGAGGUUCUCUUCCUUUAAAUCUGCUGUCUCAGGAAACUUUGGCUAAUGUUAUUAGUGAUGACAUCCCAGAUCUAGAAUCUUCUAAUAACCAAGUGAAAGUUACCUUGCAAGAAAAUUGCCAAGCUACAUUAAUAGAGGCAUGCACUGAAAUGACUGAAAUUAAAAGUCCAUUGAAUGAUUUCACUGUAGAAAGAGUUCUUCCUCCAUUACCUUCACUUGAGGAAAGAAUUUCAGCCAUUCUUGGAACUAGUACAAAGAUGCCACCAUUGGUAACAGAAUGUGAUGAUAAAACACCAGAGGAAUCACAAACAGUGGCUGAUAGAGGUGGAUUGUUCUUUAUCAGAUCACAGUCAGGUUUCUCAUGGCAGCCAAAGGCAGCUCAGCAUGUAGAAAAGGAGGAGGAAGAGGAGGAGGAGAAAGAGAAGAAAGAAAAGGAGGAGGUGGAGAAGGAAGAAGAGAAAGUGGAGGAAGAGAAAGAAGAGCAAGAGCAAAUGCAGGAGCACAAAGAAAGUGAUGUGAAAGAAGAGUGGAGCGAAGAUAAUGAACUGGAGAAGAAAGAGAUCAAGAGAAAUGAGAAUGGCACUGAGGAAAGUGUGUGGAAAAGAAAAGCAGAAGAAGAGAUCAGCACCAAUCAGUCCUCCACAAUACUUACUUGGGAAGAACAAGUCUCUUACCCUGUUGGACCUCUGGAAAGAGACUCCUCAUUAUCAGCUUCUCUUGAAGGCAGGCUUUCUCUUUUUACCAAUACUGAAUAUGAGGAAGGUGAGGUAUUUUGCAGUGAGAUUAAUGAAGGAAAAGAUGUUAAGUACUCUGAAGAUAAUGAUAAUGAAGCUGAGACAGAGACAGAUUUCUUUAAUGGCAAAGAUCUUAGUUCUGAAGCAAUCCGGCAGAGACUAUGGAGAGGUGUAAAAUCACUCAGUCUAGAUGCUGAUGUUUCAAUGGACCCUGAUGUUUUCUGUUUCCUCAUAGAGCAAAGCUCAAAACACUGUAGGAAAAACAAAGAUGAAGACAGGAGAACAAUGCCAAAGAGAAGAAACAGUGAAGUAGCUCUUCAAGAGCUUGUUAAAGAAAACACAGAAAUUAUUGAAAGAAUACUGAAGCAAAAAUCUCUUGAAAGUGCCACAUUAGGGAAAAACUAUACCCUACCGAACACCAGUGAUGGAGAAUCAGGAUCACCAAAGGAACCAGAAAAACAAUCUGGACUUUCUACAUUUAUCAAAUUAUUAAGAGAGAAGAGUGAGCGUGAAUCAUGUCCUGAGCCUGAAUCUCACAAGACUUCACCCUCUGACAUGGCACCCACCACCACUGAACCACAAGAUGGAGCUGCAAGCUCUGAUAGCAGCAUCAAAGUCUUGGGAGUAAAGUCCAGCAAGCAGAUCUCUCCUCCAUACAUGAAAAGCCUUACACCUGAGAAAAGAUCUGUUUGUAAGAAAGAUGAGAAUGUCACCAUGUUAAGUCCAACUCAACCAAUCACCUUUAAUCCUUUUCCAACCAGAAAUGUGCCACGCCAACCCAAGGAAAUAACCGUAAAGUUAGGUCUUUACAGUCCCUCCAAGAAAACAACCACAUCGUCAUGAAAAUCAUAUUGUUUCAUCAUUUCAUUAAAAACUAUAGUUUUUGCCAUGUAUAUAUGAAAAUAUUUAUAUACAAUUGUUCUUAGGGCAGCAAAUUUUAACUCUACACUCAGAUGCCAUAACAUGACAGUGUAUGUAUUUCUAAACUAUGAAUAGUUUCAGUUCAGAAUUUCCAGGUGAUAGUAGAAUAUAAGCAUUGAAAUAUUGGUGCAGUGAAAAAUGGGAGUAUCAAAACUAACAUGCCUGUGUGAAACAUAAUAGAAUGGCUCUGUAUUUUCUAAUGGUGAUGUUAAGUUGGAACAUUAAAUUUUGAGUGAAUUUCUUCUAGUGAAUCUGUCUACAAACUUCCAUUAUGAUUCUAACCUUAUAAUGUUUUCAAGGCUGAAUCGGCUAAUAAAUAUUAUGUUUUCAAAGCUGAAUCACUGAUAAAUUAUAGACCACUUGAUGGUGCUGUAAAGAAUGAUGAGGUAACUGAUGGAGGUUAAGGAGCAUUGAGAAUAAAUAGGAAAAAAAAAAGAAUAUGCAUCAAUAUAUUGUGAGUAAAAUCAAUUUGAAGUUUGGAAACUGAAACUGAAAAUAGUAUUGCACAUGUUCAACAAAAGAGGACUACAUCAGACUGAGCAUGAAAAAUGUAUUCUGAUACGAAACUCAUAGUGCAUGAAUUACAGAGGCAAUUAUAUAUAAGUCUUAGGAUGUGAUAUGGCCUAAUUCUGUAGUAAAUUAGGGAUGAUGGCAUAAACAUAUAAACAGAAGGUCUGAAGACUGUUCAAAUAUAUAUUCAUAAAAUAAACAUUGAAAAGUU